AUGUGCAAGGCCAUCGGAGAGAGGAGGAGAUGCGGUCAUCCGACCAUCUUCGAAAUGAUUCCCGUUAAUCCUUACGAUUGCAAGGAUGCGAAUCAACGAGACCUAUAUGGUAAACUCCUGCAUUGCCUUCACGACCCUGGCUAUACAGAGGACAUGAAACUUCUCGAUACCAUUUGCGACAGGCCCGACUGGGAGACCUGCCGUCUCAUGGCAAUGAGAAUUGAAGGUUGGCAUUGCCACAUGUGCACUGCUACAGCCGAAGGCUGGGCUUGUCGCUCCUGUGGACACUCGACUUGUCUGAAGUGCACUGAAGUGAAAGAGUCCCGACUCCCCUAUUGA